AUGACAGUCAUCAAUCAAUCCUUCGAGGAUGCCAUCCGGGUCACCCCGCAAGGCAAGAACAAGUAUAGCGCAAAUCUGCGCCCUGAAUGGUGCAUUGGAACUGUCCCCCACGGCGGCUACACAACGGCAGUCCUCUACAAACUCGCCCUAACGCACUUUGCACACGCCCACCCAAAGCAAUACGACUCACCGGCCUCGCCGAUCUCACUCCAACUCUCCUUCCUCCGGCGAACGGGCGCUGGCCCCGCAACACUGGAAGUAGAAGAUGUCAAGAUCGGUCUGCGCACAAGCACAAUCCACAUUAAGCUGCUCCAACCCUCCGAAAAGCAACCAGACAAACUCGAAGUCAAAGUCGCCGGCUACAUUACCGUUAGCCCUCCAACCGCCGAAGUCGGCAUCAGCGCGCCGACGGGGUUCACCCUACUCCCCGCACCACCACCCGGCUCUCAGGCGAAUGGCAAGAUCGACUUCGAGGCGCUAGCUCGCACAGGCCGCGACGGAGCCUGGACCAAACUCGACCCCCCAUUCCCGGAGUUCCGUCGCGCGGCAGCACAACUGGAGCUGUAUGGAACCGGGACGGGCGAAACGCAGCAACAGCGCAACGGGUCAAUGGCAAUCGACCAAUGGGCACGAUUCAGACCCAACGGAGACGCGAACGCAAGAUGGACCGACGCGGCAGUGGUCUACCUGACUGAUAUGUUCCCCAUGGCGCUAGACGGAUUCGAUACCAUGUCAGCGACGGCAGCGGCGAAAGAAGCAGGGAAGGAAGUGCCGGACAAUAAGGCGAAAUUCUGGUAUCCAACGGUGACGUUGAAUAUUGAUAUGAAGAAGCACUUGCCGGCGGAGGGGGUGCAGUGGUUGUAUAGUCGGAUCGUGACGAAGGUUGUUCGGGAUGGCAGGACGGAUUUGGAUGUUACGAUCCUUGACCAGGACGGGGAGGUUAUUGCGCUUAGUACGCAGGUUGGGUUGGUUGUUAGUGCGGCGAGGAAUGUUGGGACGAGGAAGAUGGAGAAGUUGUAG